CUGAACUCCGAUUGCCGCGGCGGGUUGUGUUCGUUCGUCGAAAUGGCAAUGUUGGCAUUCUUGCUUUGAAUGUCAAACAGUGCGGUUGUCUCUUUUCGGUACUUGUAAAUUUACACCAGCAAAGCCAGACAAGACAUACAUAAAUUGGAAUUCAUACUUUCAAUAAGCAUAAAUACCCAAAAUUCAUUUAAAGUAAUCUCAAACGUAACGGCAAAUUGAUAUUUUUACGAAAUUGCAAUUGCGAAGCUAAAAUAUACAAAAUUCACUCAAAAAAAAACAUUAAAAUUUUUUUCGAGCAAUUUUGUAGCUUAGUACUUAAAAACGCAUUACCGUUGCGUUACUGCUAUGAAAUUUACUUCUAAUAUAACGUAAUUUAAAACGGAAUUUUGUAACUAAACAAAGACUGUUCGAAUCGUAUAACGAUAGCAUACUUAGUAAGCGCGCUUAGUAUAGUUAGUUUGGAAGUUUCUGGAACACAGUUUGAGAAGCAUUUGAAAACGUUGUAAAGUCGUGCGGUCGUGUGUUUUUGAAACUCUGCUUUUAUGUACUUAAGUCAACACGCACAAACGGAGUUAAGGCACACACACACACACACAUUUAAGGCUCGUGAUUAUACGAAAGCAAAAGAGAGUAUAACAAAUAGCAAAAAAGCAGAAACGAAGUCGCUUCACCACUUGUGCAACAAAAACAACAGCCCAAGGUCAUUGCAGAAUCUCGAGACGUAAGCUUUUCGGAUAUAAUUUAAGUUUCGCGGGAUCGUGUAACGAGAAGUCGAGAUCAUGAGUUUCCACAAGAGUGACUCACGCACGCCGCUGGCGCCCACGUCAUAUACCAAAAUCCCGACAGUAUCGGCGAGCUAUGACAACGAGACGCACACCGGUUCGAGGAGUAGCGCGAUCAACUCGAGUCAACCAAAAUUCAUACGUCCGGAUAUGGUUGAUGUGCCGGCACAACAGGCCGCCGGAUCCACGUUGCCAUUGGUGUUGACGCGUAAAAAAGGCGAUGAGGAGGAUGUCAAUUAUAAUCCGUUCGAGCACCGGAAAGUCGAUCACCCGACCUCCGAUAUGGAGACCUUCGUGCAUCUGCUGAAGGGCUCACUCGGCUCCGGUAUACUUGCCAUGCCGAUGGCCUUCAUGAACGCUGGUCUGUGGUUGGGUUUAGUCGCCACCUUUGCGGUGGGCACACUUUGCACUUACUGUGUGCAUAUACUCGUCAAAUGCGCGCACAUCCUCUGCCGGCGGCGUAAGAUACCGAUGAUGGGUUUCGCCGAUGUGGCCGAACAAGCCUUCCUCGACGGACCGCCCGGCUUGAAUCGCUGGUCUCGUUUCAUCCGUUUCAUGGUAAAUGUCUUCCUUGUCAUCGAUUUGAUUGGCUGUUGCUGCAUUUAUCUGGUGUUCGUCGGCACAAAUGUCAAGGCGGUACUGGAUGAAUAUAUGGACGAACCAUUGAAUAUACGCGUAUGGAUUGUGAUCGUUACCUGCCCAUUGUUGGUAAUGUGCCUGGUGCGCAAUCUGAAGUAUCUCACACCCUUCUCGAUGAUCGCCAAUAUUUUGAUGUUUGUCGGCAUUGUGAUUACAUUCUAUUAUGUAUUCGAUGAUUUGCCUGCACCAUCGGAACGCGAGGGCAUUGUGAAUGUCGUGCAGUGGCCACUCUUCUUCGGCACUGUCAUCUUCGCUUUGGAAGGUAUUGGUGUAGUUAUGUCGUUGGAGAACGACAUGAAGAACCCUACACAUUUUAUUGGCUGUCCAUCGGUGUUGAACUUCGGUAUGGGUGUUGUGAUUUCGCUGUACACUUUGGUGGGAUUCUUUGGUUACUUGAAGUAUGGUUCGAAGACCGAAGGGAGCAUUACGUUGAACUUGCCGGCAGAAGACAAGUUGGCUCAGUCUGUCAAGCUUAUGAUUGCCAUAGCGAUCUUCUUCACAUUUACGCUGCAGUUCUAUGUGCCGGUGAGCAUCAUUUGGAAGGGCAUUUCGCACAAGAUCUCCGAGGAGCGCAAAAAUAUUAGCGAAUACGCGCUGCGUAUUGCUUUGGUGGUCCUUUGUGGUGCCAUUGCCGUUGCGUUACCCAAUUUGGGUCCCUUCAUCUCACUCAUUGGCGCUGUGUGCCUGAGUACGCUCGGCAUGAUCAUACCAUCGGUCAUCGAAUUGGCUGUGUACCAUGAGGAUCCCGGCUAUGGCCGCUUCAAGUGGCGUCUAUGGAAAGAUAUCGGACUGAUUCUCUUCGGCAUAGUGGGCUUCGUAACCGGCUUAUACGUAAGCAUACUCGAGUUCCAUGCCGAAUUCAGUGGUGGCCAUAUUGGUGAAAAUGCCUCAUAAUUGAAGCAUUCGUGAGUGACCUGCAGUAUCACAAAGUAACAAAAACAAAAACAUAAAAAAAAUAUAAAUUUAAUUAUGCAAGAUAAUAAUAAUCUAAUAUACAUACAUAUAUAUAUAUACAUAAAUACAUAUGCAUAUAGCAUUAGUGAUGUAGUUUAGUAGGAAACGUAAAACAAAAACACAAA